AUCCCCGUUCUGAUUUUCUGAAGAACCAGCAAUUCACAGGCUCGCUCCACCACAUGAAAGAAAAUGUCCAAAACCCACUCCCUUAACCCAAAAUUAAGACGAACUCUCACCACCCCUGAACCCAAUAUUCUACAUUAAUAACGCUUACACACUCCCUUACAGCAUUGAAAUGGCUGGAAAAACAAAUCGCGUACGAUCCCGCAUGGAAAAAACCCUCCUCCCUUCUCCUCGCCUUCUUCUCACCCCGCUUGGGCUUCUUCCUCUUUAGGGCGAUAUUUCACUGACCUUUCCUCCGUCUCUCUCGCUCACCCUUCUUCGUGUAUCUUGAUGCCUCUGUCUCAGACUCAGGCGGCGGCGCCGGCGGUGGCCUCCGGCGGCGGCAAGCGGCGGAAGGGCCGGCCGGCGGGCUCCCGGGCGCGAAAGAAGCAGAAGAGGCUGGACGCCAUCUGCGACACACCCUCCGGUCUUUCCAUCCCGGGGAUUCGGUCGCCGGAGGACGAUUCCGGCCGUCUUCGCCGCAGCUCCCGUGUCCGGAGAGCCCCGGCCGUGCUGGACGCCUCCCCCACGCCCUCUCACCGGAGGAAGAGGUCUAGAGAUGGGGAUUCGCCAAUUCGAAUAGGGGGUGGUGGGAGUCGGAAGAGGAGGAAGAAGAAGGGGAGGAUGAGAAGGAAUGGCGAUCGUCAAGAUGAGGGAAAGGCGCUUCUUUUGCGGAGAAAGGAGACGUCUUUGAGCCCUUGUGGCCAAGAAACUAAGGAUUCGGAGGUGGAAGCGGGGAAUUGGAGGUCGAGACUACGAUCUAGGGUUGCGAAGGUGGGAAGCAAGGCCCCCUUCUUUGGUGAAAAGAAGCAUCUUCGGGCAUCGGGUAGGGUUGUUAGAAAGAAAAAGGAGCCUUCGAAGCCAGUGACUAAGGAGGGGAUGAGUGGGUUGGAUUCGCCGGCAUUAGGAUCCAAGAGGGGCAGGAGGAAGAGGGUUUCUAGUGAUGAGAUAUCUGAGGGUGCUGAAGAACCUGGAGAUAGAGAUGUCAUUUUGCCUUCAGAUGAUGGAGAAGAUAGCGGUCAGAAGGCAUCCCCUGAAGAUGAAAUUAAAGCUGCCUCUGAUUUGCAGCUUGGUUGUGAAUCAAACGAGGACUUGCAGACUGCUGAGCAGGCUCAGGAGGUUAGAGAACAGAUUGAAUGUAUGAAUGUAGGUGGAGAAGAGAAAGUAGAUCAGCCAUUUGAACAAGGGACUGCAUAUCCUAUUUUCCAAGUGGAAAAUACUGACUUGGGAAAGGAUGCAGCCAACCUAUCAGGCGAACAUCUGAACAGCAAAGCUGUUGAGAAUGAGGAGAUCUUGAAGGACGAUUAUCUGGAAUUGCCCAUUUCACAAGACAAGCUUACCGAGCCGCAUGUGAAAGAAGGUCGGAGGUGUGGCCUUUGUGGGGGAGGGACUGAUGGGAAGCCACCAAAGAGACUCGUCCAUGAGUCCAUGGAGAGUGAUAACGAGGCAUAUGAAGGAUCGUCAGCUUCAGAGGAACCUAACUAUGAUGUGUGGGAUGGGUUUGGAGAUGAACCUGGUUGGCUUGGUAGGCUUUUGGGACCUAUUCGUGAUCGUUUCGGCAUGGCUCGUGUUUGGGUGCAUCAGCAUUGCGCUGUUUGGAGUCCGGAGGUAUACUUUGCUGGUUUGGGAUGCCUGAGAAAUGUUAGAGCUGCACUUUGCAGGGGAAGGGUAUUGAAAUGCAGCCGUUGUGGGAGACCUGGAGCAACCAUUGGUUGCCGUGUUGAUCGGUGCCCUAAAACCUAUCAUUUGCCUUGUGGCCGAGCAGAUGGUUGUAUAUUUGAUCAUCGCAAAUUUCUAAUAGCUUGCAAUGAUCAUCGGCAUCUUUUCCAACCUCAAGGAGAGAGUUACUCUCAGCAAAUUAGGAAAAUGAAAUUUAAGAAAUUGAAGCUGGAUAUGAGAAAGCUUUCACAUGAUACAUGGAGGAAGGACUUGGAAGCUGAAGAGAAAUGGUUGGAAAAUUGCGGAGAGGAUGAAGAGUUCUUGAAACGUGAAGGCAAGAGGCUUCACCGAGAUCUUUUAAGAAUAGCACCUGUCUAUAUUGGGGGUUCUUAUGAAAAUGGAAAGUCGUACCAGGGUUGGGAAUCUGUUGCUGGGCUCCAAGAUGUCAUUCAGUGCUUGAAAGAAGUGGUACUAUUACCCCUUUUAUAUCCCGAGUUCUUCAGUACCCUGGGCAUCACACCUCCUAGAGGUGUUCUAUUGCAUGGAUAUCCUGGUACAGGUAAAACAUUAGUUGUACGGGCAUUAAUUGGUGCAUGCUCUCGUGGGGAAAAGAGGAUUGCUUAUUUUGCUCGUAAAGGUGCUGAUUGUUUGGGAAAAUAUGUUGGUGAUGCUGAAAGGCAAUUAAGACUUCUUUUUCAGGUUGCUGAGAAAUCUCAACCUUCUAUUAUCUUUUUUGACGAAAUUGAUGGGUUAGCUCCAUAUCGGUCUAGGCAUCAAGAUCAAACACAUAACUCAGUUGUGUCAACUUUACUUUCCUUGCUUGAUGGUCUGAAGUCUCGAGGUUCAGUUAUAGUGAUAGGUGCUACGAAUCGUCCUGAUGCUGUUGAUCCUGCUCUUAGGCGACCAGGGAGGUUUGAUCGGGAAAUAUAUUUUCCACUACCAACACUGAAGGAUAGAGCUGCUAUUUUGUCACUUCAUACUCGAAAUUGGCCAAAUCCUGUAUCUGGGUCUCUUCUUUCAUGGAUUGCAAAUCAGACUGCUGGUUAUGCGGGUGCUGAUCUGCAGUCUCUUUGUACUCAAGCAGCAAUGAAUGCUUUGAAGAGGAACUGUGCCUUACAAGAACUUUUAUCUUCUGCUGAAAAAGGAUCUGAUCAUCUCAGACUUCCUCCUUUGCCAGAAUUUGUCGUGGAGGAAAGAGAUUGGUUAAAAGCUCUUGCACUUGCUCCUCCUCCAUGUUCCCGAAGGGAAGCAGGAAUGGCUGCAAAUGAUGUAGUUUCUUCACCACUCCACUCUCAUCUUGUUCCAUGCCUUCUAAAACCGCUGUCUCACCUGCUUAUCUCAUUUUACAUUGAUGGGCGGAUCUGGUUACCUCCUUCCUUUCGCAAGGCAUUGCAAUCUAUUGAAAGCAUCAUUGUUUCUGCCUUAGAACAGAGAAGUAUCCCUGCCAUCUCUUGGUGGUGUCAGCUUCAUUCUUUAACUUCGGACCCAUAUUUUGCAAAUGAGAUAGUGAAAGUUCUCUCUCGCUAUGGCCUGGUGAUGGGCCCAUCAGGAUCUGGUCCUUCUUAUCCAUUGGAAGAUGACAAUGAUGUCCUUGAAAGGUUUGCUUCCUCUAGAUCAGAGACUUCUGAUUCUUGUACACACCGUGAGUCAAUGCAGAAGUCACUUAAAUUGGGGAAUACAUCAGGAUUUCGAACCUUGAUUGCUGGAACUCCCAGAUCUGGCCAACAACAUCUGGCUAGCUGCCUUCUUCAUGGGUAUGUGGGCCAUGUUAAUAUUCAGAAGGUUGAUUUGGCUACUAUUUCUCAAGAAGGACAUGGAGAUAUUAUUCUUGGCCUUACCCAAAUUCUAAUGAAAUGCCUAAAUGUGGGGAGAUGCAUAAUCUACAUGCCUAGAAUUGAUUUAUGGGCUAUUGAUGAGACUUGUGGAGAGGAUGCCAAGCAGAGUGAAGGCAGUGCAAAUGCCUGCAAGUCAUCCCAAGAACUAGGAGUUGAUGUAGCAAAAAAUUCUUCACAAGCAUGGAAUUCAUUUGUUGAGCAGGUGGAUUCUGUGUGUGCAUCUGGAUCUAUAAAUAUUCUGGCUACUUGUGAAAUGCAGAAUCAUGAUCUUCCUCCUGCAAUAAGGCUUUUUUUUUCCAGUGAUGCUGUGAAUCAUGCUGAUUCUGCUCCUUCAGAACAUAUAGCACCACGAUUUCUGAUGUGUGUUGAUGGAAAUUUUAAUCCUAAUCAGGUGAUUGAUUCGUGUGCGGCAAAAUUAUCAGAGGACCUGGUUCAGCAUUAUGCACAGCUGGUGCAUCACAGAACUCAUAUAAGCAAUUCUCAUGAUAAAAAUGAAGUCUUUCCUGCAGUGAAAGCUAAUAUAGAACCCCCGAGGCUAAACAUGGAUACUUCUGUGGAUGCUGAGCGGACUGUUUCAAAUGCUGGAGCAUCUUGCAGGGACAAAGAAACUCAGCAAGUUACAAAUGGUGAUCAGAGAUGGUCACCACCAUCUAAGAUGAGAGUCCAUGACAAGGUUGAUCUUCAGCUUGAUAGGCAUAAAGGUUCAGUUCCAAGGAUUUUUCCUGGUAAAACUGUGAAAGGGAGUUCAAUGUUAGCAAUUGCCACAUUUGGUUAUCAGAUUUUACGAUAUCCACAAUUUGCUGAGCUUUGUUGGAUAACCUCGAAACUGACAGAAGGUCCCUCUGCAGACAUAAAAGGGCCUUGGAAGGGUUGGCCAUUUAAUUCUUGUUUGAUGGAUUCUAAUAGUUCAUCCAACAAGGUAGUUGCUGGAGCAAGCGCAAGCAAUCUUAAGAAUCGAGAAAAUUCUGGUGUUGUAAGGGGUUUAGUGGCUGUGGGUCUAUUGGCAUAUAAAGGUGUCUACACUUCAGUUAGAGAAGUCUCUGUUGCAGUUAGAAGGGUUUUAGAGCUUUUAGUUGGGCAGGUUCGAGCUAAGAUUUUGGGCAGGAAAGACAAAUACCGUUACCUUCGACUUCUGUCACAAGUGGCUUAUCUAGAAGAUAUUGUUAUUAGCUGGGCUUACACAUUCCAGAGUGUACAAACAGAUAAUCAGAUUACAAUGUCAAACACCAAGUCAGUGAUUACAGAGAGUCUUUAUGUAGAUAAUAAUUUGAGCAGCGGUAAUAUUGUUCAUGAUCCUUUGAGCAUGCGGAGUGUACCAAAUGUAAGCUGCAAUGAAGAGGUUUCACCUAAAGGAAGUCCUCAUAAAGUAGUUACCAGUAAUGGAGAAUGUGCUGAUUUUAAUGAAGGGACAUCACCUAGUUCUGAUACAAGCAUCAUACCAGAUGUUAAUCAUUUUCAGGAGCCUAAUCACUCCAGCUUUCAUCCAGGUUCUACCUCAGCUGCAACUACACUAAAUGGUGAUGGAACUCAUGGAUCAAGGAGUCCAUCACCUGGUAAAAAGCUGGCAGAUAUGAAACAUGUCGAUGGCUUGGGAGCGACAGAAAGCAACAUUCCUGCUGAGGCUAAUAUGUCCAAUCUUGACAGUUCGGUUGCAGUGACCAUGUCUUGCUCAAAAGAGGCUAGUGACAAGUGUAAUUGUCUGGACAAUCAUCAUUCUUCAAGUAGUGGAGGGCAUGUUACCGAUGAACUUGGUACAGUUUCUGAGUUCACACACAGAAAGAGUAAUGAGCUUUCAGUUGUAUCCGGGACUGCAUGCCAGUACUGUUGUUGCUCUAGAUGUCUAUGUGCUAUCUAUGUGCUGGUUCGUAGAAUUCUCUAUGAUUGCUGGAGACCCAAAGACCAUUAUUCCACAAUAGAUGAUAUCCACGAUCUACUUGCUUCAUGUUCUUUGCGUCUUUUAGCAGCAGUACGGAAAUCUUAUAUUUCUCAAAGUAGCAGCAGCUCUGAAGAAUGCUUUGGAAAAAAUCAACAUCAAAGAGUUCAGUCCGAGUGCUGUGCUUGUCAGGACAUUGUUAACAAGCAGGUUAAGAAAAUGGUGUCUCGGCAUAUGGUACAUUUCAUACCAACAGAAUGCAGUUGCCACAUAAGAAAUGAGGAGGAUUCUGAAAUAGCAGAUAACGAAAGUAUUUCUCUGUUACAAUCAGCCUUAAAUUUUUUCUUCAGAGAUGGUGUGUUGAUGCCUUCAUAUCCCCAUAAAGAAGCUGUACUUCAUUGCAGAUUUGAGAAAUUAUGUGUGUGUUCCAUAUUAGAGAUGAUAUUGAUGAUCAAGAAACCACUGUGUUAAUGCCAUAUAGUUAGUUAAGUCGUCUCCUGUUGACUGAAGAAGCUGUUCAUCUUUUUUGUCAACACUAAGGUUUUGUCCUACUUCUUGGUCUAUUUUGCAAAAAAUUAAGUAAUGUUCUCAAUUUUUUACAUACACAUAUAUGAAAGGUUUCGGAAGUUUUGAAGCCCUUUAUCUGGGUGCUAUUUUUGUUAGCAUGUACAUAUUGUUACAUGGUUACUGUCAUAUCAAUUUGGUGGGAGUUCUCAUAUA